AUGGUUUUACUCUUUAUCGUCGCUAUUUUAUCUUCAAAUAAGGUUCAAUGUCGAAAUGUUCAUGGAAAUAUGGAAGGUAUGCCAUUAUCUCAAUUUGAUUAUCUUCGAUUUGGAUAUGGAAAUAUGAUUAAUGAGAAUAGCAAUGAAGAUCAAGAUGAAAAUCCUAAAGAAUAUAUUCAUACGAAACGAAAAAGUGAACUAUUAUCAUCUUUAUAUGGUUUACCAUAUGCUCUUGUCGGAAAACGAAAUACGAAAUAA